ACCUUCUUCAGCCGGCCCAACAAACCCUUUCACACUCUCACUCUUCUAACCAGACCAUCGUCACCGUAACCGUCGUAACCGUCGCCGGAGCAUAACAAAAUGGAGAAAAUACAGCACAGCAACAUUCGCGUUAACGGAAUAAACAUGCACGUAGCACAGAUCUCAAACUCCGGUCCACCAAUCCUCUUCCUACACGGUUUCCCAGAGCUCUGGUACACGUGGCGCCACCAGAUGCUCCACCUCUCCGCCGCCGGCUACCGGACAAUCGCUCCGGACCUCCGCGGCUACGGCGGAACCGACGCACCUACUUCCGCCGCUGAAUACACCGUGUUUCACAUCGUCGGAGACCUCGUGUGCCUCCUCGAUGCCUUAGGUCUCGAUCAGGUGUUCCUUGUGGCGCACGAUUGGGGAGCGAGUAUCGCGUGGAACUUCUGUUUGUUGCGGCCUGAUCGGAUUAAGGCGUUGGUGAAUAUGAGUGUUGUGUUUAGCCCUAGGAAUCCGGUUAGGAAGCCGAUUGAAUCGAUGCGAAAGAUGUUUGGGAAUGAUUAUUAUAUAUGCAGGUUUCAGCCACCUGGAGAAGCGGAAGAAGAGUUUGCUCGCGUGGACACUACACUAGUCAUAAAAAAGUUUCUCACAUCUCGCAACCCGGGCCUACUUUGUGUCCCUAAAGAAGUCGGGUUUGGGGGUAACCCGAACGCUAAAAUCACACUUCCCUCUUGGUUAUCAGAAGAAGAUAUUGAUUAUUUUGCCAACACAUUCAAACGAACGGGGUUCACUGGUGGAUUGAAUUACUAUCGAGCCAUGGACUUAAACUGGGAGUUGACCGCGGCGUGGACCGGAGAGCAGAUAAAGGUGCCGGUUAAGUUUAUGGUGGGAGACUUAGACUUGACUUAUAAUACCCCUGGUGUGAAGGACUAUAUACACAAAGGGGGGUUUAAAAAACAUGUUCCUUUUUUGCAAGAACUUGUGAUAAUGGAGGGAGUUGCUCAUUUUAUUAAUCAAGAAAAGCCCCAAGAAGUUAGUGAACACAUACAUGAUUUCAUCAAGAAGUUUUGAAUCACUCUCUUGAUAUAAUCCGCCCAUCCAAUCGGAAGUUGUAUUGCGCUAAAAUAUAUGUAUUGCCCGGUAACAUAUGCUUAGCACAUGUAUCAUAAAUUCUUCUUGAAUUCGCCUUUGUAUCGAUAAUAUGUGUUUAGUUGUUUACUUAUUAAUUGCUUAGAAUGUAAUGAAAUGUUUCUUUC